AAGGGAGAAGUGAAAAUAGUGUCGGCUGAGGAGUAAACACUCGCGUGAGACAGGGCGGCAGCAGCAGGAGAAGUUAUGCCAGAGUGGUGGAGGGAUUCACGCGUCCUCAGGUGUGUCCGGUCGGAAGUCUCUCGGGGGUGGACGAGCUUUGGGAAACUCGACCUGAGCCACUGAAAGGGGAUAUCGGAGGGCCUUUAUCGGCUGCUGUUGUGUGCCUGCAGUGCCGCCAUGGAGAAGCAACUGGAGGAGCUGAAGAAGCAACUGGAAAAACAAUGUCUGGUGAACAGGGAGCUGCAGCAGAAAAACAAAGAUCUGGAGACACGCCUUCAGGAGAAGGAAAGGCUCCUGAAAGAGCUGCAGGGUCAGUAUCCGGACUUUUCCUCUCAGCCCAGCAAUGAUGAGGAUCCAGAGGUCAGGACCAGCAGAGCGGCUGUCAUCGCCUCUGAGCCCAUCCCGGAGACCCUGGAGAUCAGCCGCUCCAGGAAGAACCAGAGUGAGACCAGUCUGAUCGUCAAAGCCAUUCAGAAGAACGACUUCCUGAGUCGCCUGGAUGAUGAGCAGAUCGCCAUGAUGGUGGACCUCCUGGUCACCUCCCACUACAACCCAGGACAGGAGGUCAUCAAGGAGGGAUCUGAGGGAGACAGCAUGUACAUCGUAGCAGCCGGCGAGCUUCAUGUGACUCAGUCGGGCCGCAACCUCAGAACACUGAGCAGUGGUGACGUUUUCGGAGAGCUGGCCAUCCUGUACAACUGUAAACGCACAGCAACAGUCAAAGCAAAGAGCGACGUGCGGCUCUGGUGCAUGGAGCGGCAGACCUAUCGCACCAUCAUCACCAACAAGUCCAAGAAGAAGCGAGAGCAGCUCAUGGGCUUCUUGAAGACGUCGAGGACUCUGAAGGACCUCAACGACGUCCAGCUGUCAAAAAUCAUUGACUCCAUGGAAGAGGUGAAAUACCAAGACAAAGACGUCAUUGUCCGCGAGGGAACCGAAGCAAACACUUUCUACAUCAUCCUGAAAGGAGAGGUCCUGGUGACCAAGAAUGUGGGCGGACAUCAGAAGCAGAUUCGCAGGAUGGGAAAGGGCGAGCAUUUCGGGGAACAGGCCCUUAUACGCGAAGUGUUGAGAACAGCCACAUGCACCGCUGAUGGACCCGUCACCUGCUUCUCCAUCGAUAAAGAAGUGUUUGAAGAAACAAUUCCCAUCGAGCAUCUGGAGCUUUUUGAUGACUCCAAAAUGCUGCAGGAGGCUCAGGUCUCUGAAAAGUCCAGUCCCAGCUCCACUUUGAGGUUCAAGGACUUGGUUCCAGUUCUGUACCAAGAGGGUCGGUAUCAAGGAGAUCCAGUCACCCUUGGAGUCGGAGGGUUCGGCCGCGUGGAGCUGAUGACCACACUGAAUCAUGGGACGUACUACGCCAUGAAGAAGGUCAGCAAGAAGCACAUCGUUGCUAAGAGACAGGAGGAGCACAUGCUGUUUGAGAAGAGGAUUCUGAAAGUGAUCCAGUGUGACUUCAUCGUCAGGCUCCAUGCUGCCUUCAAAGACACUCGGUACAUCUAUAUGGUGAUGGAGUUCUGUGGCGGCGGAGAGAUCUGGACCAAACUCAAGGAAGUAGGCCGGUUCGACGAGCCCAUCGCUGUGUUCUGCACCGCGUGUGUAGUGGAAGCCUACGCCUACCUCCACAAGAAAAACAUCAUGUACAGAGACCUGAAGCCUGAGAACCUGAUGCUGGACGUGAGGGGCUACAUCAAACUGGUGGACUUCGGAUUUGCCAAAGAGCUGGUGCGAGGCGAGAAGACCUACUCAUUUGUCGGAACUCCCGAGUACAUGGCGCCGGAGAUCAUCAAGAACCAGGGUCACGACUUUGCGGUGGACUUUUGGUCCCUUGGGAUUCUGAUCUACGAGCUGCUAGCUGGAAGCCCGCCCUUUUCGAGCUCCGAGCCCCAGAAGAUCUAUGCCAAGAUUCUGGACGGGGUGUUGAAGUUCCCGCCCUAUAUGAGUGAAGCAGCCAAGUCCAUCAUCAGUAAACUGUGCAGACCUCGUCCGGGUCAAAGGUUAGGAAACACGAAGAACGGCAUCAAAGACGUGCGGCACCAUCGGUGGUUCGGCAACAUUAACUGGCACAAACUUCGAGUGGGUCAGUUGGACGCGCCCACCGUGCGCCUGGUUCGAAAGGGUCCCUGCUACAUCAACUUCGACCGCUUCCCUCUGGACCAGUCCAAGGCAGAGGAGGAGUUCUCAGGGUGGGAUCGUGACUUUUAACGUCAGAGGCUCUGGGAUUCUGCUGAGCUGUUUGGAGCCCUGAAACUGCUGCCAUACAUUCUGGAUCAUCAGGAACAAACUGAAAGUCCAAG